AUGGUUUUCAAGAUUGGAAACAUUUAUUUCAUUGCGGCCAUCGCCGUCAUUGGUGGUGGUCUGUUUGGCUUCGAUAUCUCGUCCAUGAGUGCUAUCAUCUCUACACAACCCUAUCUAUGUCAAUUCAAUGAACAAGGCAAUGGCGACGAUGGCCUUUGCCGUGGCCCAUCAUCCAAUCUCCAGGGAGGAAUUACUGCAUCUAUGCCGGCCGGUUCGUGGGGCGGCGCGUUGGUAUCCGGCUUCAUUUCUGAUAUACUCGGCCGAAAGACCUCUAUUCAGGUCGGAUCUAUCAUCUGGGUCAUUGGCUCCAUCAUCUGCUGCGCCUCGGUCAACAUUCCUAUGCUUGUUGCCGGCCGUGUCAUCAACGGUAUCAGUGUCGGAAUCUGCUCUGCGCAAGUCCCCGUUUACAUCACCGAGCUGGCGCCACCCUCCAAGCGUGGAAGACUGGUCGGUAUGCAGCAAUGGGCCAUCACCUGGGGUAUCAUGAUCAUGUUCUUCAUCUGCUACGGCUGUAGCAAGAUCAGCGGCGCCGCCGCCUUCAGAAUUCCAUGGGGUCUUCAGAUGCUCCCUGCUGUGCUGCUCUUCCUUGGUCUUCUUUUCAUGCCCGAGUCGCCCCGUUGGCUAGCCAAGAAGGAUCGCUGGGAGGAGACCAAGGAGGUUCUCACUCUCGUGCACGGCAAGGGCGACCCCAACUCCACCUUUGUGGCCAAGGAGCUGGCCGAGAUUCGGGAGGUGGUCGAUUUUGAGCGCCAGAAUGCUGAUGUCAGCUGGUUCGAGCUCUUUAAGCCGAACAUGAUCAACCGAACCCAUAUUGGUAUUUUUACCCAAAUUUGGUCCCAGCUCACAGGCAUGAACGUCAUGAUGUACUACAUUACGUAUGUUUUCACCAUGGCAGGCCUUGGAGCAGAUGUGCUGCUUCCUAGCAGCAUUCAAUUCAUCAUCAACGUCGUAUUGACGGUUCCGGCACUUAUCUGGAUGGAUGCCUGGGGUCGUCGACCGACUCUACUCAUUGGUGCCUUCUUCAUGUGCCUGUGGAUGUGCAUCAAUGCUGGUCUGUUUGCAGUCUACUCCCGCCCUCCUGUCGAAUCGGACCACUUCACAACCGACUCCGAGUCAAUGGCCAUCUCCGGCGCCCCAGCCAAGGCCGUCAUCGCCUCUACCUACCUCUUCGUCGCCUCAUACGCCCCGACUUGGGGACCUGUAUCUUGGACCUACCCCCCGGAGCUGUACCCUCUGCGCGUCCGUGGCAAGGCGGUGGCACUCGCAACCUCUGCUAACUGGGCUUUCAACUUUGCCCUGGCCUGGUUUGUGCCUCCCGCUUUUGCUAGCAUUACCUGGAAGGUUUACGUGCUCUUUGCCGUCUUCCUCGUCGCCAUGUUUCUGCACACUUUCUUUCUCUUUCCGGAAACAGCCAACAAGCCCCUCGAGGAGGUUGAGGCGAUCUUCGACUACAGCAAGCCUGGAUCUAUCAAGUUUAUUGGCACUCCUGCCUGGAAGACACACAACGACCGUAGCGUCAUCCGAGAGGAGCGCAACAUGGUUACUCCAGAGGAGAAGCUUGCUGUCGAGGCUGAGCACAAGGAUAGCCACGAUGCCAUCUAG